GAUAAUUCUUUCUAUUCCAGGUUUAAAGCAGAAAUAUAUUCUCAGAAUUCCCAUACGGGUACUCACAUGGACGCUCCAUCCCACAUUGUGCCAGAUGGAAUAAACAUAGACGAAAUGCCCGUUUCACAGUUUCAUGGUCCGGCCGCUGUAAUAGACAUCACUGAACGGGCAAAGCUCAAUGCAGACGCCGUAGUGAACAUUGAAGAUUUUCUAGAGUGGGAGUCCGGCACUGGUCAAAGCCUUAAUGGAACUAUUGUCUUAAUCAGAACGGGUUGGGAAGAGAAAUAUAAAGACCAUGCUGCAUACCUGGGUGCAGUUAAUACAGCUGAAGACGCAACCCAAAUGCACUACCCGGGUAUGUCCGCAGAAUCCUGCCAUUGGUUGGCUGAGAACCGGAAUAUAAAAGGACUCGGAAGUGAUACACUGUCCCCUGAGAGUGCCAUAACAUUCUUCGCCGAUAACUUGCCUUGCCAUUUUGCCAUGUUACCAAAGGGGAUGUUCCUUUUAGAGAGUGUUGCAGUUAAGAAAGAACUGCCCCUGUACGGGGCAUAUAUAUCAGCAUUGCCGCAGAAAAUAGUAAAAGGAAGUGGUGCCCCAACUCGUAUCGUUGCCACAAUCCCCAAAAUUAUUGAAAAUUUACCUUAAAGGUGAUCAAUGAAUCAGAAAAUGAACAAUCUCAGGGAAGAACUACUUUUUAGACAGCAUUAAAAGUUGUCACAUAUAUGUUAUUUUAAAAGUUUGGUCGUAAGUGCUGAAAUAUUAUUUAUUUAAUGUGUUUCAUUGUAAUAAUCUAUUGAAUGUUUCACGCUAUCGUAUACAGGGUGUCCCAAAACGACCGCAUAAACUCUGCACAGCUAGGUUCCUCGUUGGGAGUACAUAAAAACUGCCUAUGGUUCCUGUACGAUCCAUAGUGUACGAGAAAAAUAUGAAAAACAAAGUAUAACAUCACUGCCGGUGCAAGAAAAAACACUUUAUUGAACAUAUCAACAGCAGUAUAUUAUGCACAAUUUGAAGCAGAUGGUCAACAGAUGGUCAAAGUGUCUGCCAUGCAUGUCGGGGCAGGCAAAUACUGUUGCUGAUAUGUCCAAUAGAGGGUUUUUUUUUUCUUGCUCCGGCAGUGACGUCAUACUUUGUUUUUCGUAUUUUUCUCGUAAACUAUGGAUCGUACAGGAACGCUUCUUUGGGCAAUUUCUAUGUGCUCCCAACGUGGAAUCUAGCUUUGCAGAGUUUAUGCGGUCGUUUUGGGACACCCUGUAUGUAUUCUAUCUACAUAAUCUUGCAAUAAUUCUAAUAAAUAAAUAUUGUUUGCGUG